AUGUUAGAAGACUUGUUCUUGCUAGAGAGCAUUCCACAGGGACUGUAUUCGUCCAAUGAUAUGAUAUUCAACGCAGGAAAUGGAAUCAACCAUGAAUUAGAGAGCACAUCCAUGGAUUUAGAUGAUCUACACUAUUUACAUUUGUCAAGCCCUAUGAUAGAUCGAUUCUAUACUGUAAAUUUAGAUCAAAAUGAAUUAACAAAUGAUUUACAGAAUACAUUUGAAGAAAACAGUGAUAUAGCAAACAUGAAAUUAAGUAAUGAAAAUACUAACUCAUUACAGGGCAAGCAAAGGAAUAAGAAGCUUAAAAGAGGAAAGAACUUGCCCUCAGAAUUAAAAAACCUCUUAAAGGUUUGGAUUUAUCAGAAUUGGAUGAAUCCUUAUCCAAGCAAAGACAUGAAGGAACGUAUAGCAGACAAAUAUGGAGUAUCUCAAAAGCAGCUAUCAACAUAUCUGGUAAACGCGAGGAUGAGAUUACUCCAAGACAUUGAGUUUCAGCAUAAACACUGCAUUGGAAGAGUCAAAAACUCCCAACAACAAAAAUGUGCUAUUCCGAAUCUCCUAAAUUAA